AUGGUAUAUACUGUGUUACUCAACCGCGUUGUGCCCGCAUUUCUGCACCAGCACAUUCAACAAAGAAAUACAACCACAUAUGAGCCAAGCGGAGGCGUGCGUGAGACAUCGGUCAUAUCAGACAUCAGCACGCUUGCAACGGGUCUAGCCGUGGCUGAUCCCGUCAUAGUGAACUGGCAGAUAGAUGACGUUGGCACAUUUCCGAGCGAGUACGUCAAGUCUUUGGUUGCGAGGUACAGCGUACCCGCGCCAGCCGGCACAUCCACACCGACAGUCAUCAACGGAUUGGCGCCAACAAACGCAUUGAAGCCAACGACCGCACCCGCAUCAUCACCAUCAUCACCCAAUAGACUUGGUACCGGUACCCAAGUAGGCAUUGGCAUAGGGGUCGCAGUUGCUGCUGCUUUCGUUGGAAGCUUGACGAUUUUCUGGUGUCUACGACGCCGUCGGGAACGUGCUGCGAACGAUGUUGUCAUACCGGAAAUGGAAGACCAAGACGGCGGCAAGAGUCAGCGUAGAUGGUACAACGAACUAGAUGCCCAGGCGGCUCAGAACGAGCUUGAUUCGAAGCCAGUGCAUGAGUUACCCCAACCACCGGCUGAACUGGAGGCACGCGACCCUUUCGGCGACGACGCCAACGUUGCACUAGAGGUACAGAGAAACAGCCUAGACGGCGUACGUAAUGACGACGGUCCUCACGAGCGAGCAUGA